CCUAUUACUUCCACCCUAUGACGGAGAGGCCGCGCUUCCGCUAUCGCUGCACUUUUCUCUCUGCUUCGGCUCUUGAGGAGAACCGGGGAUCCCUCGGAUCCCAACGCAAGAUCUCGAAGCCGUAUCUCUCCAGUUGGCUCUCCGAACUUGAUUUUAGUUAUCUUGAACUUUACCUGACAAGCAAGUGUAUAUCAUUCAGCAGUUUGGCAGAGUUUACUUUUCUUUUGGUCAAAUAAGGUCACAUUGAGCUAGAAAUGGCAAUCACAGGUAGUCAAAAUCCUUUACCUGGUGAAACUACCUGUGGGUCUUUGCUGCAGCAAUUGCAGCUGAUAUGGGAUGAAGUUGGUGAGAGUGAAGAAGAACGUGAUAAAAUGCUGCUUCAGCUAGAGCAGGAGUGCUUGGAUGUCUACAGGAGGAAAGUUGAUCAAGCUUCAAAGUCAAGGGCUGUCCUUCUGCAGAGCUUGGCUGAUUCGAAAUCUGAGCUUUCCAGACUUCUUUCUGCCCUUGGAGAAAAGACCAACAUCAACAUUCCUGAGAAGUCAUCUGGCACAAUCAAGGAGCAGCUGGCAGCUAUAGCGCCGGCAUUGGAACAGUUAGGCAAGCAGAAAGAGGAAAGGAUAAAGGAAUUUGCUGAUGUGCAGUCGCAAAUUCAGCAAAUAUGUGGUGAAAUUGCUGGCAAUUUAAAAAUUGGAGGGCAGGUGGGCACACCUACGGUUGAUGAAGAUGACCUAUCCCUGAAAAAGUUGGAUGAGUACCACACCAAACUUCAAGAACUUCAAAAAGAAAAGAGCGAUAGGCUGCACAAAGUUCUUGAUUUUGUGAGCACAGUACAUGAUCUCUGUGCUGUAUUGGGAAUGGAUUUCUACAGUACUAUAACCGAAGUUCAUCCUAGCCUAGAUGACUCUAUCGGUGUGCAAUCCAAGAGCAUUAGUAAUGAUACUUUAUCAAAUCUUGCUAGGACUGUUGUAGCACUUGAAGAAGAUAAAAGGAUGAGAUUGCAAAAGCUUCAAGAAUUAGCAGUUCAGCUUUCUGAUCUUUGGAAUCUGAUGGGUACAUCUUUGGAAGAACGGAGUUUGUUUGAUCAUGUGACCUGUAAUAUGUCUGCUAUGGUUAAUGAAGUCACUGUGCCGGGAGCUCUUGCCCUUGAUCUGAUUGAACAAGCUGAAGUUGAGGUUGAAAGGUUAGAUCAGUUAAAGUUCAGCAAGAUGAAGGAAAUAGCUUUAAAGAAACAAAGGGAACUGGAAGAAAUUUAUGCAUGUGCUCACAUAGAGAUUGACUCAGUGGGUGCCCAAGAGAAAAUAAUGUCUCUAAUCGACUCAGGAAAUAUUGAACCUUCAGAAUUAAUAGCUGACAUGGACAAUCAGAUACUGAAAGCCAAAGAAGAGGCCCUCAGCAGAAAGGAAAUAUUAGAAAAAGUAGAGAGAUGGAUGUCAGCAUGUGAAGAAGAGAGCUGGCUAGAGGACUAUAACCGGGAUGAAAACAGGUAUAGCUCAAGCAGAGGUGCACAUUUAAACCUCAAGCGUGCAGAAAAAGCUCGCAUUUUGGUUAAUAAAAUACCAGCUCUUGUUGAUACUCUGGUGGCAAAGACCAGGGCAUGGGAAGAAGAUCAUGGUUUGUGCUUCAUGUAUGAUGGUGUUCCUCUUCUAGCAAUGCUAGACGAAUAUACUGUGCUCAGGCAUGAAAGAGAGGAAGAGAAACGAAGACUGCGGGAUCAAAAGCGGUUACAUGAGCAACUAAAUACAGAACAGGAUUCUAUCUUUAGCAAGCCAAGUCCAAACCGGCCUCUUGGUCCAAAGAAAGUUGUGGGCCCUCGUGCAAAUGGUGUCGCAUCAAAUGGAACUCCCAGUCGAAGAUUAUCCCUGAACACCAAUCAGAGUGGAGGCAACGGUGCCAGAUCCACGAGCAAGGAUGGGAAAUGCGGCAAUUCAAGGCCAGCUGCUCCAGCAAAUUUUGUGGCUAUAGGGAAAGAAGAUGCUGUUUCCUAUGUGUCUAGCAAUGACCCAGUUCCUGCUUCGCCAUGACUUUAAUCUAAAUGUAUGAUAUAGGUAGCUUAUGCGUGUAUGAUCACCAGUACAGUUUGUGUGGUUGAUGUGUGUUAUGUAGUUCACUCAAAAAAAUGUGUGUUAUGCAGUGGAGGAAAGUAAUUUACUUACCGGGUGGAGUUGGGUAUUACUCUGCAUGAGAGCUUUUUACAAGUCAUCUUAUAUUGUGAGGCUCUGUUGGUUCUCAAACUUCUAAUUGAUACACUUCAUAUAAAUUUAAUUUUCUUGGUCUCGGUUGUAGCCUUUUGCAUCAA